CUAAUAAGACUAAUUUUGUUGUGAUUUCACGCCUUAUACCAAACACGAUUAGUCUGUGUUUGGUUCGAAUAUUAUUCAGAGAUCGAAGGUUUGGAAGUUUUUCUUGCUAGAUUAAAGCAUGUGGAAAUUUUCUUUUGGUUUCUGGUUAGAUUAACCUUUGUGUUUUAUGCAGUGGAAGGGACUGUGGUAUUUUGAUUUCUGGUUUUGGGGUGCGGUUCUUCCUCCAGAAGUGUCAAAGCUACUUCCAGAGAAUUGGCUUUUUCCUGACAGUUUAUGCAAAAGAAUUUUGGCACCAUCUUUCUGCAGCUGUUCCUUUGCCUAUUGCUCAGUGUCGUCUUGCUUGCUUAUUCUUAUUCAGUUAUAAACGAUUUUAGGAGCAGUUUGCAGCCGGAUUAUUCAACUGUCUUGAAUUCAGGUUGAAAAAGAGUGGGAGCGUUUCUCAGUUCGUGUAGAGUGUGUGCUUAAUCUAGAAGUUGUACAUAUUAAGGGAGCGGGGACUUGCUUAAGAAUCAUAAGCAGCUGUGUCUUUGUUCAUUUCUAGGUUCAGAGAUUUGAAGUGUUGUGCAUUUGGCUGGAUUCUAAACAAACGAAAGCAUCAGUUAAGAAUAUUGGUCCAACUUCUAAGGAAACUUAUGGCAAACAUCUUUUUGUCAUAAAAAGCUUUUCCAGGACAUUCAUUUUUCUACCUUAAAGAAAGCAACCAAAACAAAUGUAUUAGCUUGACACAGCAGAAGUGUUUCGUUGCGUGCCUUUUCAUAAGCUUUUACUUGCAGCCAUAUCCCUAGCGCUGUUCAGAGCACACUGAGCUUGGAGCUGCUUAUCAGAAGUGAGAAACCCCCAUAGACCAAGAGAGUGGUUGAUCAAUGGCGUCGCAAUCAGAUCACCAGGCUAAGAUAAUUGAUGGCAAAGCCAUAGCACAGACCAUCCGAUCUGAAAUUGCUGAGGAAGUUCGCCAUCUCUCUCAGAAAUAUGGCAAGGUCCCUGGACUGGCAGUAGUGAUUGUGGGGAGCAGGAAGGACUCCCAAAGCUAUGUCAGCAUGAAGCGAAAGGCAUGCGCUGAAGUUGGCAUUAAAUCUGUCGACAUAGAUCUCCCUGAGAAUGUGUUCCUAGAUGAUCUCAUUGCCAAAGUUCACGAAUUAAAUGCGAAUCCUGAUGUACAUGGCAUACUUGUUCAGCUUCCAUUGCCAAGGCAUAUUAAUGAAGAGAAAGUGUUAAGUGAAAUCAGCAUCGAGAAGGAUGUAGAUGGGUUUCAUCCUCUCAACAUCGGCAAACUUGCAAUGAAAGGCAGAGAACCUUUAUUCCUCCCUUGCACUCCCAAGGGCUGUCUUGAACUUCUGUCGCGAAGUGGUAUAAGCAUAACGGGAAAGAAGGCAGUCGUGGUGGGAAGAAGUAACAUAGUUGGAUUGCCAGUUUCAUUGCUGCUUUUGAAAGCCAAUGCUACUGUUACCGUGGUUCAUUCCAACACUCCUGAUCCAGAGAGUAUCAUUCGUGAAGCGGACAUUGUUAUUGCUGCAGCAGGACAGGCAAUGAUGAUCAAGGGAAGUUGGAUAAAACCAGGUGCUGCAAUUAUAGAUGUUGGCACAAAUGCUGUAGAUGACUCCAGUAGAAAGUCAGGUUAUAGAUUGGUCGGGGAUGUAGAUUUCCAGGAAGCAUGUAAGGUAGCUGGAUGGAUAACUCCAGUUCCUGGUGGAGUUGGCCCGAUGACUGUUGCAAUGCUUCUCAAGAACACAUUGGAUGGUGCUAAGCGAGUGAUUGUGCAGUAAGGGCAGCUGUUAAUCUUUCUUAGUCCCCAUAAUAAGCUGUUGCUAAUUUCAGGAGAUAAUUUUGCAAUGGAGUUCACAGGUUUUGAUUGGAAAAUCCUGUAGUUUUCACUGAUAUUGCAUGGUGUCAUGCAUCUUGUAGUAAACUAAAUCCUUUCUGAAUUUGAUUUAUCUCCCCAAAUUCAUUUUA